GAUAGAUAAACAGAGAGAGAGGGCGAGAGAACAGAUAGAUAAACAGAGAGAGAGCGGUACUAGACAGACAGAGAGAGAGAAACAGAGCGAGAGGUCCUCUAGAGAGAGAGAGUGAACCAUCUGACAGUCAGACAAUGAAUGUCAGUGUGUAGUGGAGAGUGGUUCAUUUCUGCCUGCCUGGCAGUGUGGCACUGUGUGAAGCAGCUGUCUCUUUUUCUGCUCUGAUACUCUAAUAGGCCAAUAAGCGCAGUAAUGCAGAAGCUGUAGAGCGAAGAGAAGAGACACAAGCCUCUUAUGACUACAGUACAGGGAUGAUGCUUUGAGGACCAGACUGAGAAGUGCUCUGGGGAUUCAGGGUUUCAGACUGCAGAGUGUAGACCGAGAGAGAGCUGCUGUGCUGUACAUACCUGAGAUACUGCAGUUAAUCGCUGCACCUUUAUAACACAUUCAGCAUGGAUCUGGAUGAACUGUGUACUUACACAGAUGGCAUGGACAACAGCUCCCUAAAGUACCCAAAGACUGAGCAGACUGAGAAAAUGUGGAUGCGACUCAAGGGAAUGCAGAAGUACAAAAACACGUCUCAAAGGUCGAAAAGGCUUCUUAACAGCUUCUACCCUCAAGCCAUAAGACUCCAGAACAGAUUGAGAUGCCUGGUGAAGCAACUAGACAAGGGAGAAGUGAACGUGGUGGACCUGAGGAAGAAUAUAGAGUAUGCAGCCUCUGUUCUAGAGGCAGUCUAUAUUGAUGAAACCAGGCGUCUUCUGGACACUGAGGAUGAGCUCAGUGACAUCCAGACGGACUCUGUUCCAAUGGAGGUGCGGGAUUGGCUGGCCUCGACCUUCACCAGGAAGAUGGGCGUGGUCAGGAGACGACCCGAGGAGAAACCACGGUUCAAGAGCAUCGUGCAUGCCGUGCAGGCUGGCAUCUUUGUCGAGAGGAUGUACAGGCGGACAUCUAACAUGGCUGGAUUGACGUACCCUCCAGCUGCCAUCGCUGCUUUGAAGGAUGUAGAUAACUGGUCCUUUGAUGUGUUUGUGCUUCACGAGGCCAGCAGUGAACACGCAUUAAAGUUCCUGGUCUACGAACUGCUCACCCGAUAUGACCUGAUCAACCGCUUCAGGAUACCAGUGUCAUCUCUGGUGUCCUUUGUAGAGGCUCUAGAGUUGGGCUACAGCAAACACAGAAACCCCUACCAUAACCUGAUCCACGCUGCCGACGUCACACAGACAGCACACUAUCUGAUGCUCCACACUGGCAUCAUGCACUGGCUCACUGAACUGGACAUCCUAGCCAUGGUGUUUGCUGCAGCUAUUCAUGACUUUGAACACACUGGGACAACCAACAACUUUCACAUUCAGACCAGGUCAGAGGUGGCCAUCCUGUACAAUGACCGGUCAGUCCUGGAGAACCACCAUGUCAGUGCUGCGUACAGACUUAUGCAAGAGGAUGAGAUGAACAUACUGGUCAACCUGUCAAAAGAUGACUGGCGAGAGCUGCGGACCCUGGUGAUUGAGAUGGUGAUGAGUACAGACAUGUCCUGCCAUUUCCAGCAGAUCAAAAGCAUGAGGAACGCCCUGCAGCAGCCUGAGGGAGUAGACAAGGCUAAAGCCCUAUCUCUGAUGCUGCAUGCAGCUGACAUCAGUCACCCAGCCAAGGCCUGGAAGCUGCACUACCGAUGGACACAGGCCCUGAUGGAGGAGUUCUUCAGACAGGGCGAUAAAGAGGUUGAGUUAGGGCUGCCAUUCUCUCCUCUGUGUGAUCGUAAAGCUACCAUGAUCGCACAGUCACAAAUAGGGUUCAUUGACUUCAUAGUGGAACCCACAUUCUCUGUGUUGGUGGACACGACCGAGAAGAUCAUUACCCCUCUAAUAGAGGAUACCUUAAAGUCACAUGACACUGGCGUACGCAGGUCAAGUUUGACGGGUAGUGGGUCGGUGACGGUGGUGGAGUCAGUCCAGAAACAUAGUGGCCGAGGAUCCAGCCAAGGGGUUGACCAGGGGCUCACUACAGACUAUAGCCUGACUGGCAUCGACCUGAAACGGGUCAGACACACAUUGGCAGAGGUCAUCCAACACAACAAAGACCGAUGGAAGGAGCUCUCUGUACAAGAGUUGGCGAGUAAAGAGCGAGCUGAGUUGAACACUGACCCAGAGGAGAUGGAGGAGUCCCAGAUGAAAACAGAGGUUACAUUGACUCACACCAGCCCUGAGAGACACAGCCAGGAGCUCCAAUCGGAGCCCUUCGAUGAACUGAUGAACAACACAAACUUCAAUAACUCUUCCCAGGAGGACUCGGAGCUGGACCACCAUCCCCACAGUUCUCUGUCCCUGUGUGAGGAUAAAGAGACAACAUCACCUGGCUCCAUCUCUCCUGAACACCUACCAUGGAACGGAGCAGGCCCUGGGGAAGUCCUUGAGUCAGGGGAGGAGUCUCUUCAGAGCCCUUGAUUCUGAUAAGCUACCCAACAAUGUUGCCACUUCCUGAUUUUUAUUCUACUUUACCUUUAUGUAACGAGGAAAGUCAGUUAAGAACAAAUUCUUAUUUACAAUGAUGGCCGAUCCCAGCCAAACCCUAACGACACUGGGCCAAUUGUGUGCCGCCCCUGAUUCACCAUAUUUGUUUGUUAGCUUUUUUUAUUGUACAUUUGUUCUGAUUGAUUUUAUUUCCAGUCUGUUAUUGUAUUGUUAUUUAUUAAAGAUGGGGAUCUUCUUGCUCCUCUUUGCAUCGUAA